UUUCGCGGGAGCUAUCCAGGAAGUGUUUCAGUAUCCUUCAGUAGCAAAGAUUUUUCUACUAUUAAUUAUAUUUGGGAUGACAAAUGAUCAGGACUCGCUGAUAUAUAUUCUACCGUGCUGUUGUUGAAGGUGUUUGGAGGUUCGAGCGAGGGAUUUGUUGCUAUCUGUGGCCGCACCGAGAAGGUAGAGUGAGUUAGCAGUUUUGGGCUGUGUCUCAAUCGAGUUCCUGUUGGAUGUGCAGUGUGCCAGGUGUAUAGAUGAGUAAAAUGAAGCUCUCUAGAGCAGAAUACAGAGUAAUCGCAAAGUUCACUGAACAGCUUCGGCCUACAAGGCAGUGUAUGAAGAUGCUGAAGGACCGAUUUCCAGAUCACUCGCAGUCCACUCUUCUGAGCAUCUUCUCCCAGGAGUACCAGAAAAGAAUGAAACGAAGUUUUGUGAAACAUCAUGCAGAUGUCAUCGAAGUCUACUACCAGAGGUACCGUACUGAAGCCAGCAAGCAUCCUUCAGACCCUGUCCUGCUGGCGUUAGCCAAUGAGGUGGACCUGUCCCCGUCUCUGCUGGCUCGGCUGAUGCUGGAGAGAUUCCUGGAAGAGCACCAAGGCUCAGUAUCAUCCAAACAAGUCCUGAACAGCAUGUUGCGGGAGCCAUCUUUAAUUCCAGAUGUGCAUCUAGCCAGACACGUGGAACAGUGCAACAUAAAUGACUGCUGUUAUGGACCGCUGGUCGACUGCAUCAAACACUCUAUCGGUCAGGAGCAUGAGGAGAUCCUGCGUGAGAAACUUCGAGAGAGGAACCUCUCCUUUGUAGAUGAGAAUCAGCUACGGGCCAAGGGUUAUGACAAGACCCCUGACAUUAUUCUAGAAGUCCCCAUUGCUGUUGAAGGCCACAUUGUGCACUGGAUCGAGAGCAAGGCCUCGUUUGGAGAUGAGCAGAGUCAUCGCACUUAUCUAAACGAGCAGUUCUGGAGUUACUGGAACAGGUUUGGCCCAGGUCUGGUUAUCUACUGGUAUGGCUUUAUAUCAGAACUGGACUGCCAGAGGGACAGAGGGAUCCUUCUUAAAGACUGUUUCCCUUCAGACAUCGUGACUCUGUGCCACAGCCCAGACCAGUGCUGACGCUAUAGUUGAGGGUGACACCGAGGCUGAGGGAGUGGAGGGGUCACAGGGCAUUUGCUGGUGGAGACAUGAAUCCGGAAGCAAUUUAGUUUUCCUGCUGCGUACAACUACUGGCAAACAUCUGCCCUGAACUCCGUCUGAACUCCCAGGGAUCAGGUCUGGAAUCAUACCUCUGUGCAAAUCACACCAGGGAGCCUGGAGACCUGGACUGGACCUGGACCUCCUGGAGACCUCUUAUCACAGCCCUUUUCCUUGUCAUUCUGCACCACGCAAACCCACAGACGUCAUCCCCAUUAUCAGCUUUUCUGUUCUUUACUUUCUCUUUCUGUCUCUGAUAAGGGUGUGGUUCCUUUUGGAACCUGGAUAGCUGACCUUUUUUUUUUUUUUUUUUGGACAUAUCACAGAUUCCCAAGUAGUUUUGAGUACUCUUGAUAUUCAAGCAUUCUGUUUUAACCUUCAUCUUUCACAUGACUGUCAGACUUGCAUUUAAAACAAAUAAAGUUAAAAACCAGGAA